AGAUCGUGCGAUUAUAUCAUAAUAUUCAGAGAAAUAAAAUAAAAGAAGAAAUAAAAUUCGUGAACUUGCGUUCUACAAACCGCUUCUAACUUUCGUGCAAGAUGCACGCUAUCGAAGAAGAGCAGCGUUACAAAAUCAAUCGUAUCCUUCUUCUAAUAAUCGGUAUAUGGCCCUAUCAAAGAUCGAUACUUGCGAAAGUACAGAGACUGUUUGUUUGUACUAUCCUGGCGAGCGGAAUUUGUGCUGAGUUAUCUCCAUUUAUCACACAUGAAUGUAGCACAGCUCUCAUCAUCGAAGUUUUGUCCGUUAUAUUUCCUAGUCUCGUGGUCGUAAUAAAAUAUUACUACUUUAACAUUAAUGCAAAAAUUGUAAGUCUUUUAUUAACACUUCUAUUAACACUUUCAAUAAAAUUUGUUCAGAAAUAA